CUGCACUGCUGAACAGGCGUGGGAUUGCUGAAGCAUUACUUGAUAGAUUCACUGUAUUCUGCUAUUUUCUUGAGUUUACCAGACUCGAUCUGGUGGAGUAAUUCUGGAAGAGCUUUGUGACAUUUGAGGAGCUCGGUAGCGGCAACAGCGACCAUCGAGGAUGUUUAAAAAAUUUGACGAGAAAGAGAAUGUCUCGAACUGUAUCCAGCUGAAAACAUCUGUGAUCAAAGGCAUCAAAAAUCAGCUCUUGGUACAAUUUCCUGACAUUGAGUCAUGGCUUAAUCACAUAAUGCCAAAAAAGGAUCCUGUCAAAAUAGUGAGAUGCCAUGAACACAUUGAAAUCCUGACAGUGAAUGGGGAACUGCUUUUCUUCAGACAGAGGGAAGGACCCUUCUACCCAACCCUCAGACUGUUGCAUAAAUAUCCUUUCAUUCUUCCACACCAGCAAGUAGACAAAGGAGCCAUUAAAUUUGUCUUAAGUGGAGCCAACAUAAUGUGCCCCGGGCUGACGUCACCAGGCGCUAAACUCUACCCAGCUGCAACUGACACUGUAGUUGCCAUAAUGGCAGAGGGAAAACAACUUGCACUUUGUGUCGGCGUUAUGAAGAUGUCUGCAGACAGCAUAGAAAAAGUCAACAAGGGAAUUGGAAUUGAGAAUGUUCACUAUUUGAAUGACGGAUUGUGGCACAUGAAGACGUAUAAAUGAUGACAUCAAUACCUGCAACACACGCCGCCCCCUGGAAAGUGUGGAGCUCUUGACCGCAACACAUGAGCUACCCCUCAACUGUUUACACCUAAGGACUUAGCUGUGUAACCUGAUGAGGCUAUAAAUCAAUUGACAUAUGCACAAAUAAAAGAAAGAUCUUGCUUUAA